UCUGGGGUUAGGUGUACCAGAAUGGUUACUUAUCGUUACUUCUGCUACAAUGAAAACUAAAAGCAUAUAAAUGAUCGAGAAUGUGAGCAGCACACGAGUCAUCACGAAAACAAAACAGCAGCUUGUGAGCUUUGGCGGGGUAAGGAAUCAGGAUGUUUAGGAGAGUCGCAUUUUUGUUGUUGGUUGGAUUGCUGGCAUGGGCUUAUCAGGCCACCCAACCGCCCCCACCGAAGAUUUGCGGUUCCCCUGGCGGCCCACCCAUCACAGCUCCUAGAAUAAAGCUAAGAGAUGGAAGAUAUUUGGCCUACAAGGAGCAUGGUGUGUCAAAACAGGUGGCCAGAUAUAAGAUUAUCUUUGUUCAUGGCUUUGGUUCUUCCAGACAUGAUGCAGUGAUUGCGACCAAAACUUCACCAGAAGUUAUUGAAGAGUUAGGGGUACACAUUGUGUCUUUUGACAGACCAGGCUAUGGUGAAAGUGAUCCAGAUCCUAAGCGAACAGUGAAGAGUUUGGCUUUAGAUAUAGAAGAGCUUGCUGACCAGCUCGGAUUCGGAUCCAAAUUUUAUGUAGUUGGAUAUUCUAUGGGUGGACAGGUUAUCUGGAGCUGUCUUCAGUACAUCCCUCAUAGGCUAGCCGGAGCUACACUGUAUGCUCCUGUUGUCAACUACUGGUGGCCAGGCUUUCCUGCCAACUUGUCGACAGAUGCCUACUAUAAACAACCCCCCGGGGACCAAUGGGCACUUCGAGUUGCUCACCAUAUACCAUGGCUAACAUACUGGUGGAACACUCAGAAAUUAUUUCCUUCAUCAAGCGUUAUAGUUGGUAAACCAGAGAUUUUCUCCAGUCAGGACUUGGAAAUACUUGGGAAUAUGCUGGCUUCUGGUAUACAAACUAACAGGCCACACGGAAAGCAGCAAGGAGUAUAUGAGUCGAACCAUCGUGACAUGAUGAUUGGAUUUGGGAGAUGGGAGUUUGACCCUAUAGAAAUCAAGAACCCAUUUCCCAACAAUGAAGGGUCCGUCCAUCUGUGGCAGGGUGAUGAAGAUAGGCUUGUCCCAGUUGAACUUCAACGCUUUAUUGUGGGAAAGCUUCCAUGGAUUGACUACCAUGAGUUACCAGGUGCUGGGCACUUGUUUGCACAUAACGAUGGUAUAAAUGAAGCUAUGUUAAAGUCAAUGCUGACUGGGGAGAAGUAGCCUAUUCUUCUAAUCAUGCUUCCUUCAUUCAGAAUUUUGAAUUGUUUUUGAAACAGAACAGAAUCAAAAACCAAUAUUUGGUUAAUAUUGUUUAAAUAGAGAGAGUGUGAUUUUGUAAAUUAAGUGCAAGGAAUACUCAUGAAAGGUGAAACAAGGGAUAUGCAUCUCGUUUACUGUAACGUACUUGGGGAUAAGUUUAUAGUAUAAAAUCUCUUGCAUCAGUGAUAA